AAGCACUUAGCUGUUAGGGUCCUGGGGGAGUGCAGAGCACAGUUUAAAGUACUUUCACUCUCACUCGGUCCAGUCAAAGCAGCUGGGCACAGAGGGGAAGAAGCCACUGGGAUUGCACGCUGCACAUUCAGGUGCUGGGGAAGAGAACGCCGCUGCUGCCGUGUCAUUGUUGUUGAUGUUUUUGUUUUUGUUGUCGCACCAGGAGAAAUGGCUCUCAGAAGGUCUGACCAGAAAAAAGAACCCAGCAUUGAGCUGUUCAUUAAGGCAGGUCUCGACGGAGAGAAUAUUGGGCACUGCCCAUUCUGCCAGCGUCUCUUCAUGGUUCUGUGGCUUAAAGGAGUUAAGUUCACCGUAACCACAGUUGAUAUGAAAAAGAAACCAGAAGAACUCAGGGACUUGGCACCCGGGACCAACCCCCCUUUCCUCCUGUACAACGGAAAGCUCAAAACAGACUUCCUGAAGAUCGAAGAGUUUCUGGAGCAGACUCUGGCGCCCCCUAGGUAUCCUCACCUCAGCCCACAGAAUAAGGAGUCCUUUGAUGUUGGCAGUGAUAUCUUUGCCAAGUUCUCAGCGUACAUCAAGAACAGCUCAGCAAACACAAAUUUCGAGAAGGCUCUGCUGAAGGAGUUCAAGCGGCUCGAUGACUAUCUGCAGUCCCCACUCCCCGAGGAGAUCGACCUCAACAGCACCGAAGACCUGCUCGUCUCCCGGAGGAAGUUCCUGGACGGAGACCGGCUGACCCUGGCGGACUGCAACCUGCUGCCCAAACUGCACGUCAUCCAGAUAGCGGCUAAGAAAUACUGUGACUUCGAAAUCCCAACUCGCUUCACGGCGGUGUUGCGCUACCUAGAGAACGCCUCGCAGAGGGACGAGUUCAGUCACACCUGCCCUGCCAGCGGCGAGAUCGAGCGGGCGUACGCCUUCGCAGCAAACAAAAUGAGCUGUGACCCGCGGCCAGGACUCGCAAAACUGUACUAGCACAGCGAAGAUCAUGGACGGCCAGAGAAAUUCACUGAACUUUUUCUUUUAAGAUGUUACAUGUGUAUAGCUUUUUAUACUCCUGCUAUAAAAAAAAAUAUACUGCUCCGAGUGCUGGAUACAGGAGACAAAGACGAUGAUGAGGAGGAAAGCCCUCUGAGAAUGAGGGUUCAGUCUUAUUUAUGAAGCAUAACGUGCUGGUGAUAUUUGCAAAGUGAUAUUUGAAUGUAAUCUAGGAUCCACAAUCAUUUGACAUAUUAUUGAUAGAGUAUUCCAGUUUACUACACUGAGAUAAUGUAGACAACUUGUAGAAUGAUAGUGUGUGUGUGUUUGAUAUUGUAUACAAGGGCUUUCUGAAACUGUUUUCGUUUAACCUGAGAAGCUUUUUGGUAUUAAAACCUGAAGUCAUCUGAUUUAAAAAAAAAAAUAAAAAAUACUGUAAAGCCAUAAAUAUUUGUGAGCCUUUGUACAUACUUCGUAUGUUGCAAAAGGUCGCCAACUUUUCUGGAGUAAAAUAGGUUUUAUGGUUGUGAUUCAUCAAAUAUUUUGGUCGCAAAUAUUUAUGGCUUUACAGUAUAUAGUAAUACUGCCACCCAGUGGCAAUAAAAUAAACUUACUCAUUCUAGCGUGGAUUUGUAAAGCCUGUUUUAAAGCUUGGGUGUGUGUUACUGACAGUCAUAAAUGUUAUGGUGUAUUAUAGUGUACAAUAUGUUUUAGCCUGUGAAUGUCGGUUUUUUGUAAUUGUAUCGGUUAAAAAAAAAAAAAAAACGCUGCAUAAGCUUCCUUAAUCACCCUUUUUUUAUUAAAGUGUUUAAAAUAUGCUACAUAUAGAGUAUAAAUUCUUCAUUUAAAUAUAAAUGCUUAAGUGCUUUUAUAUCCAAAUGAAAAAUGCAUUUGAAAAAUGUACCGCGAUAGUAUUGCAUUUAAUUACCACCACAUAUAAGCUUGGAUAUAAAUAAACCUAAAAUUCUAGUCAAA